CCCUGUCGCCGUCGCCCCCGAGUUUUGCCUGGCAGUUAGGUGAGUCGUGCGCGGUGGCGGCUUCAGUCUGAGUCGCCCGCCUCUUCUCUCGGCGCGUUCGGCAGGCCCGGCGGCACGGAGCGGCCCCAGGCCCAAGGCGGUGGGCUCCCCGGCCCGGGUCCCGCCUCUCCGCCGCAGCCCGCGCCCCCCGCCCAGAUCCCCGACGGCGGCGCCACAGUCGGCCCGGGUCGCGGCGACAUGCCCGAGCUGGUAGUGACGGCGCUGCUGGCGCCGUCGCGCCUCACUCUGAAGCUGCUGCGCGCCUUCAUGUGGAGCCUCGUGUUCUCGGCGGCGCUGGUGGCCGCCGCCGGCUACGGCUGCAUCGCGCUCGCGCACGUGCUGUGCCGGCCCCGGCGCGGCUGCUGCGGGCGCCCCCGGCGCGCCCCGCCCGCCUGCCUGAGCGACCCCGCGCUGGGCGAGCACUGCUUCCUGACCCUCAGGAGCUCUGGCCUGCGCCUGCACUAUGUCUCCGCUGGACGCGGCAACGGGCCCCUCAUGCUGUUUCUGCACGGCUUCCCGGAGACCUGGUUCUCCUGGCGCUACCAGCUGCGGGAGUUCCAGGGCCGCUUCCACGUGGUGGCUGUGGAUCUUCGGGGAUACGGCUCUUCAGAUGCACCAAGGGAUGUGGACUGUUACACCAUCGACCUGCUAAUGGCUGAUAUCCAGGAUGUCAUUCUGGGCCUGGGUUACUCCAAGUGCAUCCUCGUGGCCCACGACUGGGGUGCACUCCUAGCCUGGAAUUUCUCCAUCUACUACCCAUCCUUGGUUGAACGGCUGGUAGUGGUCAGUGCUGCCCCUAUGUCUGUGUACCAAGACUACUCUAUGCACCACAUUGGCCAGUUCUUCCGUUCCAACUACAUGUUCCUGUUCCAGCUUCCCUGGCUGCCCGAGAAGUUGCUGUCCAUGUCUGACUUCCAGAUCCUGAAGACCACCCUCACCCACCACAAGAGGGGCAUCCCACACUUGACCCCCAGCGAGCUUGAGGCCUUCCUUUAUGACUUCUCACAGCCCGGUGGCCUCAUUGGGCCCCUCAACUACUACCGAAACCUCUUCAGGAACUUCCCCCUGGAGCCCCAGGAACUGGCCACUCCCACACUGCUGCUGUGGGGGGAGAAGGACCCCUACUUGGAGCAGGGGCUGGUGGGUGCCAUCAGCAGCCGCUUUGUGCCAGGCCGGCUGGAGGCCCACAUCUUGCCAGGCACAGGGCACUGGAUCCCACAGAGCCACCCCAAGGAAAUGCACCAGUACAUGUGGGCCUUCUUGCAAGACCUGCUGGACUAGUGGCCCUCGCUCACUGGCCCGCGUGCACCUAGAAGUCCAUAUGACGUACAUACACAGAUGCACUCCUGGAUCGCGCAUCUCUGGGUGCCCUCAGGCACGCCAACCCAUAUGCUCACACAUAGGUGUAUGUGUGCCCGUGUGAGCAAGCACUUUGACCCCAGGGAACCAGGUAUGCCUCUCCUCCUCAGAGCUAGAUGCCUAGUGUCCUACCCCUCCCUCCCAGGGGUACCACUUUUCUUGCCAGAGUUGGCUGCCAGAGCUGCACAAACCAUAAAGUCUGACCUUCCCGUCCCCAGCUUCCAUGCCCAGUCUGGGUCUUCAGCUAAAUGCUGCUCUGUCCAAUGUGGUACUGAUAGCCACAUCGGGCUACUCCACUUUAAAUGCACAUUAAUUAAAAUUAAAUAACAAUUAAAAGUGCA